AUUUUCACUAAGCUACUCAUUUUUCCCAAAUUGUUCCCACCAAACGGCAUCCAAGGGUUUAAGUUUGUAGUACAAAGGUUUAAGGGCUCAUAAAAUUUACAUUUCUGGAGAAAAUUAACAUUCAAAGGAAUAUCAAUGGCGUCUUCACUAUCGAGAAAGUUCUUACGCACGAUGCUGACAAACCCUAGCUCCAUAAAAGCUUCGCAGCUGUCUUCACUGUCUUUUUGCACAAAAAUCUCUUCAGCCACAGACGAUUUCUCCUCUCCGGAUUCGGACCACACUGAAUUGGGGCCUGCUUCGGACUCCGAACCAGAAUCAACUGGUUUUUCAUCACCUUCAGCUUCUGAGAUGAAGCAAGAACGCAAAUACAUUGAACGUGCACUCGAGAAUGGCUUGGACGUUGGUAUUUACAAGGCAAUCAUGGUUGGUCAAGUUGGCCAGAUACCUAUACAAAAGAGGUUGAAAAGUGGGAGGACAGUGACUCUGCUAUCCCUUGGAACAGGUGGAAUUCGGAACAACAGGAGGCCGUUUGAUAAUGAAGAGCCAGGAGAAUAUGCCAAUAGGUGUGCGGUUCAGUGGCACAGAGUCUCGGUCUAUCCAGAGAGGUUGGGGGAAAUGGCCGUGAAGAGUAUUGUUCCUGGUUCAAUCUUGUAUGUGGAGGGUAAUCUUGAAACAAAAAUCUUCACUGAUCCUAUCACUGGUCUCGUACGGCGCAUACGAGAGAUUGCUAUACGAAAAAAUGGUCGUCUGGUUUUCCUUGGGAAUGGAGGGAAUGAAGGCCCACAGCAAUCACAAGCAGAAAUCAAAGGGGUUGGUUAUUACUAAGAGUGGGACGGACAGGCUUGCAAUGACAGCAACUGAAUCUUAACGUCGAUGUAUUGUUGUCGAGUUGUCUUUAUCAUUUUCCUCACAUUAAUCCUAGGAGUGGUUGUAUUCUGAUAAUUUGUCACCUGUCCUACUGGUUAAGUUAUUCAUAUAAGCUUUGAACUGUGACA